AUUCAGGUGUGUAAUUAUCUCAUCCUGCCAUAUAUUAAGCACUAUAAUAAAAAUGGGCUACACUGUGCAAGAAAAAUCUAUUGUUGAUUUUUGUGAAAGUAAAACGGAAUCUUUAUCUAACUGGGUCCGUAAAGUUAAAUGUAAAUCCUUAAACGCCAAGACAAAGAGAAAGCGUGAUCUAAGAGUAAUCGCCAUUUUGAGUAAUUCACUGUUCCGUGCCGAAAACGAACUUCUCCAUAAGCAAAGAGAACGUGCUAGAAGGUGGGCACAAAUGCAAGCUGAUCUCGGAUUAAACACCAAAGAAGAGGAAGCGGCCAAGCAGCAGCGUGAGAAGAUAGAUAAUUUUUGGAAAAACGAUCUCAGCGGUCUAGAUAAUUUUUUUAGAGAGUUAGAUAAUGUCAAACCAAUAGUCAAGCAACAAAUAUGUGUUAGUCAACUAGGGUGAAUAGGUAAAGUGAAUUUGUAUUUGAAUCUGUGAUAUAUGU